UAGUAUAAGUUUUUUUUUUAAAGUUGCAUUAUUUGUUUAAAUUUUGUGUGCAUCCAAUAAAGAUGCGUAGUGUAUAUUUAGGGAGUGUAUGUUGUAUAUUCUCUUUGCUGCUGAUUUUUGGCAAAACGUCUUCAGAGCAGCACCAAGAGCCGCGCAUCAUCAAUGGCACCGUGGCGAACGUGGAUGAGACAAAGCACGUCGUCUCCAUACGGCUGCGAAAGCACGACAAUAACUUUGGCAGCGGGCACAUAUGUGGCGGUUCGUUAAUAGGACUCAACAAGGUCCUGACAGCGGCCCAUUGCCUAUACGAUAAUGCGCGAAAGCGUUACCGUAAGGCCCACGAAUUCAUUGUGGUGAUGGGCACACAGAAUCGCUUCGAGCGCGUUAACGGCACAAUUGUGUCCGAGGUCAGAUCCAUAGCCUUCAUGAACACCUUCAGUCCGGACAGUAUGCGUGACGAUGUUGGUCUGAUGUUUCUCAGAACGGGACUGGUGCCCAACCGCACCCACCUCUCUGUAGCGCCCAUUGAGAUGAGCGUUGAACCAACCCCGGUGGGGGCCACAUGCCAAGUGGCUGGCUGGGGUCGCACCGAAGAGAGCAUGCUGUCCAAUGUGCUGAUGAUCGCCAACGUCAGCAUCAUACGCCGCCAGACCUGUCGCGCGAUCUAUGGCACUGGACUGCUGCCGGGAAUGCUGUGCGCUGGUCGUCUCCAGGGCGGUACUGACUCCUGCCAAGGAGAUUCUGGCGGUCCGCUGGUACACGAGGGUCGCAUAGUUGGCGUCGUUUCCUGGGGCUAUGGCUGCGCCGAGCCGGGCCUCCCAGGCGUCUAUGUGGACAUACAAUACUAUCAUAAAUGGAUCGAGGAGCGCAAUGGAGGCGUUCAUUUACAUCUGUGGUCGUGGCUGUUGCUGUUGCCAGUACUGUGUGCUUGCGUCGCUCUGAAAAACUAACUUAGCUUAC